GGAGCAUUCUCUUGUGCGUACAUCGUAGGUCUUGGAGCAUUCUCUUGUGCGUACAUCGUAGAUCUUGGAGCAUUCUCUUGUGCGUACAUCGUAGGUCUUGGAGCAUUCUCUUGUGCGUACAUCGUAGGUCUUGGAGCAUUCUCUUGUGCGUACAUCGUAGAUCUUGGAGCAUUCUCUUGUGCGUACAUCGUAGAUCUUGGAGCAUUCUCUUGUGCGUACAUCGUAGGUCUUGGAGCAUUCUCUUGUGCGUACAUCGUAGGUCUUGGAGCAUUCUCUUGUGCGUACAUCGUAGAUCUUGGAGCAUUCUCUUGUGCGUACAUCGUAGGUCUUGGAGCAUUCUCU